AUGUCCACUGCUCCCAAGUCUAAUGGGUGGGUGACAGUGGCGAUCGCCCUCCCUAUCAUCCUCUUUGUUUUCGUAUUGAUCCUAAUUCUGGUGCUCCUCCGUCGACGUGUGCAAAAGCGGGCGCAGCAGCUAGAAGAUGGUGCCGUAUGGGAACGUGGACCAUUGAUCAUGGUGAACCAGACGACGGUCGUCCAUAGAGGCCCUCGAUGGACUCUGCCACGAAACCCUACUUUACGAGUACCCUUCCUCUCGUGGGGCGGUCGUCCACCUCCAGAAAACCCUGUCAUGGAUGCGGCUACCUCAUCCAUAGGAAGUCCUAAGGAGCGCUUCAUACUUAUACACCACGAUCGCUCAACGGCUAGCACGACUGACUCGCACAAUGACAACCCGGAUGCCAGCGGUUCAAGUUACCGUAUACCCCAGUCGCCGCCCCGUCCAGACUCAAAAGAGGCUUCUGACGAAUAUGAGUCGAGCUUAGGUCACGAUGUGGCUACAGCAGUUCCGAGCCUGGCGGUUCGCAUCCCCCAGUGGCCGACAUGGCUCCCGCGCUGGCCUUCUCCUUCCGUCAGCCGGAAUGCAAGCUCCUCACAAGGCCACAGUACCUCCGCGAAAUCCGAUGACCCAUAUCCACAGUUGAAGCUUCAGCCGCCUCGCGUUGUCCGCCUCGAGCCGAGCUUCCUACGGGAAUACCGUCCCCUCAACAAGCACGCACACACCGAAAGCACAACGUCUCUCAUCCCAUCCGACGCGCCUCCGGGUGUGAGCGAACCCCCAACUCCCAGUUCUACUCCACCGCCCACCGCUGCCCCGUUGCCCCCUCCCUUGGCCCACGCCCGCCACGACUCGAACCCCGGCCCCAGCACGCCGCCGAGUCGCACCCCAAGCGUGCCCAGUAGCCUCCUCGCAGGGCGCCGCCCAAGCGCAGCACCCUCUCAUUCCUCCUCCGUCGCACGCUUCCCUCGCUUCGACGGUGGCACGGACAGCCAGUCGUCGUCAGAGCCGCUUUCGCGAACUUCCACGGCACCAUCAGAGUUCGCGGAUGCCGGCCGCCUCCCGAACCCGUUCGCAAGUAGCGCGUCACCGUGGCGCACCGUCCUUGCUGUCGUGGGUGAGGCGGGGAGCGAGUCGGCGGAGGGCCAGAGUGCCGUAACAGGAGGCGUGGACAUGGGCGUGAAUAGAGGGCAGGUUUUGCCGGUCACGCCUGGAUCGCCCCUUCCCCGUGUACGCUCGCAGCGUGCGUUCCGUGAGACGCCGUUGUAUCUGGAGCAGCCACCAGAGGAAAGACCUGCGUCGGAAGCUGCGAUGCGUGGGCAUGGACGGUGGCCGUCGUCGGCUACGGGCACUUUGUCGUCGAAGCCGUCGCAGUCGAGCUCGGCGGUGCUGUCAUCGAACCCAUCGUACGCGACAGAUGGUUCUGCGCGGACUUGA